UCGGGGUAGGGGUAAGGGUGGUGUGGUUGGAAAGGAGAGAGGGAGCAUGUUAAAGAUCAGAGAAACUGACUGGCAUCUCACUCCACCAAGUGUUUGCUGCCCUCUUGUGGUCUCAGGGAGGGCUGUGGCUCCAAGACCUUUCCAACUGCCUGCCCGCCACCCCACCGGCAUGGUCUCAUUGGCAUCUCAGAUGCAGCUUAUCUGAACCUGGGAGUUAUCCUAGACUCUUCCCUCCUCCGUCCGAACAGUCGUCAAACCUACCUCCUGGUAUCUUCCAACUUACUCUACUUUUCCCCAUUCCCACUGCUAUUUCUCUGGUUCAUCCUUUCAACAAAUGAUGUGACAACCAUUUGAGCGCCUAUUAUACGCGGGCAAGUCUCCGUGGGCACGCCCCCAGGGACCUAGUGGCCAGGAGUCACCAGCAGUCACCAGCGGCUGCGGCCGGGCUCCCACUGCCGCGCCACACCCUGCGCUGCAGCCAGAGCGAGCUGUGCACAGGAACUGAUUUGACUUGCGUCUGAUGAAAACCACCCCCCCGCCGUGGUUCGCCAGUGCCCACAGUAUGAGGUGGAAGCUCAGAACUCGCCCCUCCAGCAGCAGCCCCUCCAAACGGAACCUCUUGAUCCUUCCCAAAGUGAAGCCCGGGGCUCCGCCUCUGCUCUUGCGGCUCGCCCUGUCAUCUUCCAAAGGCCAAAUCCUCCGCGUCCUUAGUACGCGGGACUCCCCAGACGGCCGCUCAUCUCCUCCUCAGGGCUCUCUCCGCCCCGUUAUGAGUGCUCCUUGCCGGGGCGAACGCGGGAGACCACCGUGCGCUCCGGCCCCGCGCGUCCCGGCUCGGCUCGCUCCCGGACGCCCCGGCCCCGCCCCGCCGGCGUGCGCGCCCCCGCAGCCCCGGCGCGCUCCCGGCUCGCGCCAUCUUGGCUUCAGAUCGAGCUUGAGGGGUGCGUGGCCGCGGCGUGAGCAGCGAGAUUCAGCCACGACACAGCAACAGACAACAAGCGGGAUGGAGCACUACCGGAAAGCUGGCUCUGUGGAACUCCCAGCAUCUUCCCCGAUGCCCCAGCUACCUCCUGAUACCUUGGAGAUGCGGGUCCGAGAUGGCAGCAAAAUUCGCAACCUUCUGGGGCUGGCGCUGGGUCGGUUGGAAGGUGGCAGCGCAAGGCAUGUGGUGUUCUCAGGUUCUGGCCGAGCUGCAGGCAAGGCUGUCAGCUGUGCUGAGAUUGUCAAACGGCGGGUUCCAGGCCUUCACCAGCUUACCAAGCUGCGCUUCCUGCAGACCGAGGACAGCUGGGUGCCAACCUCACCUAACACAGGCCUAGAUCCCCUCACGGUUCGCCGCCAUGUGCCUGCGGUGUGGGUAUUGCUCAGCCGGGACCCCCUGGACCCCAGUGAAUGUGGCUACCAGCCCCCAGGGGCACCCCCUGGCCUGGGCCCCACACCUAGCUCCAGCUGUGGCGCCCGACCCCGAAGAAGGGCUCGAGACUCCCGGUUCUGAGGACCUGCUGAGCAAGCUUUUCUCCAGGCCUGUGGGUGUAAGAUGGCUAUGCCUUCUUUGAGAAGACUCUGUAACUGCUCAACAUCUUGAACAAGACUUGAGUCUGCAGAACUGGGCCUCCCAGUCCUGCUUCAACUUCCGUCUGGCUUGUAGAAAGGGACUGCUGUGAAGAGUGACAGCUGUGGGGUCUCUCCUGGGUUCUGGAUUGCUUAAGAGGGGCUUACUCUGCCUUAUACCUGCUGUAUCUCUGAUCUACCUUCUGACAGAGGUCCAGGGAGUGGGCUGGGAAAUAAAUCAUUUGUCUGAUGA